GCAUUUGAUGAUAUAAAGAAGCUAACUUUCACUCAUUUACAAUCUUUUCUUCUUUUCAUUUGUUGGCUGAUGUUUUAAUUAGACAGACCCCAUUUUCAUAUAUUCAUUCAUUAAACUUUAUUUAUUCUUUUUUCUUUUUUGGUUAUUGGUAUAUAUCAUCACAAACCAUCAUCAUCAACAAUCAAAAUAGUUAUAUAUCGUAUAUUAUAGAUGUCUUCUAAUACGAGCUACUACCGAUCGCCGUUCGGAGACACGACCUACACAAAAGUGUUCGUAGGAGGCUUAGCAUGGGAGACUCCGACCGAGGAAAUGCGUCGUUACUUCGAGCAGUUCGGUGAGAUUCUUGAAGCAGUCAUCAUUACCGAUAAGAUCACUGGAAAAUCUAAAGGCUAUGGUUUCGUCACGUUUCAAGAGCCCGAGUCAGCGACGAGAGCAGUCGCCGAUCCAAAUCCUGUGAUCGAUGGAAGAAAAGCAAAUUGUAAUAUUGCGUCUUUUGGACAGCCCCGACCAUCGACGCCUAGAGGGAGAGGACGAGGAGGAAGUCCUAGUCAGUAUCAAGGAGGAGGACAAUCAGGCUAUUCCGGAAUGGCUGGUCAGCUGCCACAGGCUGCGACUGCCCAGCUCAUGUAUCCGUCGUACGGGUACACCUACAAUUCUGAAUAUGGGUACCACCAAGCAUUAUACAACACACAACUCCAACAAGCACAAUACUAUCAACAGCAAAUGUAUGGCGGUGGAGUAACAUCACCAUCAUCAUCCAACAUCAUGCCUUCUCCUUACUAUUACUUCCAAGCUCCAAGCCCUAGGCCAUAUCCUCAUCAACAUCAGCAGAGUUAUGCUCAUCAUAUUCACCAUCAGCAGCAGCAACGCCUACCUUCUGCUUCUUCUUACCUAAUCUACCCAUCCAAUUCUGGGGUUCCUACUACUUCCUCUAAUGCCCCUCCUUCCCAAGAGCACGCAUCUUCUUCAAAUGAACUACAAGCACCACAUCAAGUCUCGAGAGAAGGAGGAGAAUUCGAUGCAAUGGAUGCACCUGAAAGUACAAAGAGCAACAGAGAGUUGACAUCAUCUUCAUAAUCAAGGGCAUCUCCAACUUGUACAAUCUUUUGACAAUAUUUUUUACGCUCUCUUUUUCUCUUCAUC